AUGGGCCGGACCACAAGAUCCAGUGCAAGAACACAAAAUGUUGUGACGGAGAAGGUUUCUGCAAAACUACCAAUUCCAACGGAAUCUCUUGAAGGCCCUGGUUCGAUUCCGAUUCUACUUUUCGAGAAUCAAGCAGCAUGGGAGGCAUGGCUUGUCGACCACCACACCCAGACAUCAGCAGUAUGGCUUCAAAUUAGUAAGAAAAAUGCACCAACCCCUACCGUCAGCUACGACGAAGCACUUGAUGUCAGUCUUUGUUACGGCUGGAUCGAUGGCCAACGCAAGUCCCACGAUGAACAACACUUCAUACAACGAUUCACGCCGCGCCGUAAGAACAGUCUGUGGUCCAAAAGAAAUGUGGACAAAGUGGCCCGUCUUACUGAAUUGAAGCGUAUGAGGGCGCCGGGGCAGGCCGAGGUUGAUGCUGCGAAGGUAGACGGGCGGUGGGAUAGGGCAUACUCUUCUGCAAGCCUCAUGGAAGUGCCGCUGGACUUUCAGACGGCGUUAGAAGAGAAUUUGAGCGCGAGGAAGUUUUUUGACGCUUUGAAUAGAACGCAGAGAUAUGCUUUUCUAUGGAGGAUCGAGACAACCAAGAGGCCUGAGACGCGGAAGCGGAAGAUUGCGCAAUUCAUAGACGUACUCGCCGAGCAUAAGACUCUAUAA